AUGUAUUUUCUAGAAGGCCUAGUGGCUCAAGAUAAGAAGUGUACAAUAUGUUCCCGACCAGCAUCCACUCGUAAUCAUGGUGUUCUAUCGUGCAGUGCAUGUAAAAUGUUUUUCGCCAGAACUGUUCAGAAUAAACUAAAAUACGAGUGCAAAAAAGAAAAUCAAUGUUUGGGAAACUUUUCUCAUCGAAUCUGUCAGUCAUGUCGCUUUGAAAAAUGUUUGAAAUUAGGAAUGCGAUGUUCUACUACGAAUGAUUUUAUUAUCAAUAUAGAGCAUUCGUCGGAUAAAAAAUUUAGUCGAUUGCUUCAAGAUUUAGUAUCCAGGGAUAGUCGAACGUACUCAAAGGCUAUCAAUUUUUAUACCUUGGAUGAUCCUAGUUUGAGUGAUAUUAUUGAAAAUAAAAAAGCAAUGAAGUUAAUCAAAAGGACACCAGAAGUUCAAUCGACUCCAGAAGAAUGGUCAUUUUAUUGUGCACACUCGAAAAUACUAUUUUUCUUGGGUUUUGAUUUCAUUAAUGAAAUGUCCACUAGUGACAAGAAGAUACUAUUCGAAAAUAAUAUUUUGAGAACUGGAUCACUCUCCGGUGCCAUGCAUGCUUAUAAAGCAAAUAAAGAGAUAAUGAUGACACCAUCCGGAGAGGACUAUGUAUCAGAGAAGAUUCAUCAGCUUUUCGUGAAGUCUCCUAAUAUUAUUACUCAGAUAUCCUCACUUGUAGUAUCUAAGUUCAUAGAGUUAAAGGUUACAAAUGAAGAAUAUGUACUGCUCGUUAUGUUGUUUUUUUGUAAUCCAGCAAUUUCACACAAGUUGUCGGAUAAAGCUAAGGAGUCUCUAGCAAAAUAUCAAAAGAUGUAUUGUUCUGCAUUGUUCAAUUAUUGUCAAAUAAAAUACAAAAAAGCAGCUCCAGCCAGAUUAGAAGAUCUUUUAUCAUUAUACAGUGUCGCCAAUCAAGCUAAUCAAUGCUUUCAUAGCUUGACCAUUUUUGUUCAUCUUAAUAAUCAAAAUUGUCAAUUUAAGAAGUUGAUAGCUGACACGUGGAUGAGUACCCUGAAAAACAUGAACGAUUCUUCACUAGCUACCCGAGGCUUGCCGUUCGCUGCACCCGCAAUACACGAUCUCACAUCGGGACGUCAUACAAGAGCCCCGAAUCCCAUGUGA